AUGUUCGCAUACACAUUAUCAUCAAUAUUGUUAAUGUUUACAAUUUUCAAAUUAUCAACAACACAAUUUAUUCCACCAUACGGAACUUUUGGUGCAUUUCCAACACCUGGCUUAUUGAACCCAUAUUUGGGCCCAGUUGGCGGUUUUGGCAUGCCAAUAGGUUAUGAUCCAAUGCUGAUGCCCAAUAUGGGUAUGAAUUUGUUUGGUAAUUCAUAUUUAAUGAAUCCAUAUGCAUCAUUUCCUUUCACGAAUAACGGUAACUCUUUCGCUGGUUAUGGUAUCCCAAAAUAUAGAUCAUCGAUGUAUUCAAGAAAGCGAUUUAUUCCAGGUUUUGGUUGUUUGAAUCGAUCUGGUUGUGGUUUUGGUUUUCAGAAGAAGGAAUAG